CACGAUGCACCGCCCGGAACUUCUCGACUGUGCCUCGACUAAAUCGCAUUCCGGAAACACCCGUGCUCCGCUCGCGUGAUACUUAAAUACCUCCAGCCGCAUUAGUAUACUGCACUGGUGCACCACCCAGCAACACUCCUCUAGCAUGGCUCUUGUCGCAUCACUCCCCACCCCCGUCUCCUCACUCGAGCAAACCCACCGCACGGAUGCACCUCUGGUCCCUAUUGUCGAGGCAAGAUUGUUUGGGCCAGGGGUUCCAGGGCAACGCUGACCCUCUUCCUCCAGCUCGGAUCUUCGAGUGAAGCGAUUGAGCCAUUCAAAGAGUAAGUCGUCCAUUCGUUUCGGUCUCGGCCAUACCUAACCUACCUCGUUCGCAGGUUGAUUCUGCGAUCACAAAUUUCGGAGCUCCGGCUGUAUUGCACGGUUCCUUCGUGGUGUCCUUCUCCAGAUCAACGUUCGUUCUUUGCCCACAAGUCGAAGCCUUCGGCUGAUUGGUCUCGACCGACUGGCAGACCUUGAUUUGCAUGACCUGCAUCAACUAAAAUCACAAUUCCUCGCAUAUAUCCACGAAGUCGUGGGGGAGCUUCGGGCAUCCGGGAUCUCUGCUUCCUAUGUCCUGGUUCCCUCAUGGUCGUCCCGGUGCAUAAUAUGCACUGGCGGAUGCUCGUCGCUGGCCACGGCGGUGAAACAACUUCAAAAUGUGACCCUCCCUCACCGUCAUAACGUACUGCUGGCUGAGGUGGGAUGUCCCGGCCCUUGCCUGAUCUUCACAUAAACUCCCUCUCGCUCGCUCUCUACCGCAUUUGUAUUUUUGGGGCAUACAUGGACUACAUAUUCAAACAUACUCUGAAGACUGAUUGAGAACUGGAAGCCACUCAAUGCUUUGGGGAAGCGCGAUUUCACAUGCUGCAAUCAAUGGUGAUAUGGACCGGGAACCCACGGGCCGAUCAGAUUUUUUGGCUGGUCUCCCCCAACCAACAAGUGUACUUCUUGGUCUACUACUUCCUCGUCAACGGUCCUUUCGUCCUCUGCAACAUGUCUCUCGCUGAUUCAAUCCUCCGGGUGACGCCCGUCACCCUCCCCCGCCACCUCACGUCGUUUGUGCAGGGCCAAACGCCCAUGUCCACCACGCCCGUUGUGCUCAGCACACUCGCAGGGUACCUCGUCACGAUCUUCGGGAUUCAAGCUGCCAUGAAAAAUCGCCCUCCCCAGAAACUGAACGCCCUCUUCCAAAUCCACAAUGUCUUCCUCAGUAGUGGAAGUCUUCUGCUACUGGUCCUCAUGGCGGAAGAGAUAGUUCCCAUCAUCUGGAAGCGAGGUUUCUACAAUGCUCUUUGCUCCGCACAGUCUUGGACUCCGCGAUUGGAAUUCUACUACAUGAUCAACUACUACUUCAAGUACAUUGAGCUCAUCGACACCGUGUUUCUUGCUUUCAAGAAGAAGACCCUCGCUUUCCUCCAUGUUUUCCAUCACUCUGCCACGGCUCUUCUCUGCUAUUCUCAACUUCUCGGUCAAACCAGCAUCUCCUGGACUGUUAUCAUGCUCAACCUCGCUGUUCAUGUUCUGAUGUACUACUAUUACUAUGCCACUGCUGGAGGUGCUAGGAUCUGGUGGAAGAAAUACCUCACUAUGAUGCAAAUCAUACAAUUCGUGAUCGACAUAUCCCUUGUCUAUUUCGGAACUUACGGACAUUUUGCGUCCACCUAUUACGACGGGAUCCUGCCUCACAUUGGUGGCUGCUCUGGCGGAGAAACCGCUGCACUUUUCGGCUGUGCACUAUUAACCUUCUACUUGGGCUUAUUCAUCAACUUCUACUUCCAAACUUACAAGAAGGGACCUAAGAAAGUGCACGCCAACGGCAAGGCCAAUGGGACGGCCAAUGGGACGGCCAAUGGGAAAACCGAAAAGAUUGAUUGAGGAUAAGCCUCAUGACGAGGACGAGAUGACUGUGGCUGCGCGGGAGUAGAUCAGGCACCGAGUAGAUAUACGGGCUAUCUAGUACCAUUGACCGGCUGGUAAAUGGACACAUUUGACGCACUACUCAAGUAUAAGGCUCAGCGGAUAACCUAGAGAUGACAGGCCGUAUAAACACGUACAGCAUUGUCAAGUAAACAAAUACCGCCCGCCGCUUUGAUGUACUCAGCAGGCUGC